AUGUCGCAUUCACCCCAUGCUCACCACCAGCAUGCGCAGUCUCGGGCGCUCGUGGCCGGAACAGUCCUGUUCUAUCUCGUGGCAGCCUUAGCAAUGAUCAUGGCCAACAAGUGGGUGCUGAAUACCACGGACAUCCCUCUGUUCUUCUUGUUCACCCAGCUCGUCAUCGCUGUCGUCCUAUUUCUCGCCGCUCAUCUUGUGGGAUUACUGCAGUUGCCGUUGGACUUUGAUAUCCAGGUUUGCAAAGGGCUGGUACCAACGGUCGGAUUAAAUGUGGUCGGGCUUAGCUUCAGCAACUAUACCCUGAAGUACGUAGACGCGUCCUUCUACCAAGUCGCGCGAGGCAUGGUUCUUCCGUUCACAGUCUGCACGUCCUACUUUCUGCUGCAUGCCCGCCCAUCCCUGCGUGUGCUGCUCGCAUGCUCCAUAGUUACGUUCGGCUUCUUCAUCGGCGUCUUCCUAGAUGGCACGCACGUAUCUCUCGUUGGCGUUACGUUCGGUGUCAUAAGUUCCAUAAUUACUGCCCUUCACUCGGUCGUUAUCAAGAAGAGCCUGGAAGUUGUCAAGGGCAGCGCGCUGCACCUCUCAUGGUACACAAACCUGUUUAGCGCGUGUGCGCUGGCGCCCAUUCUCGUCCUCGCUGGGGAGUUGCCAGGCAUCACGCAGCUGCUGUUCGGCCCCAAUCUAUCUCUGCCGGGCGAGAUGUCGACCUUGUCGACGUUCGCAAUCGGCUCCGCUAUCACUGGCGCAUUCGGCUUUUUGAUGAGCAUCGCGAGCUUGUUGUCUAUCAAAGUGACCUCGCCCAUCACCCACAUGGUCUCGUCUGCAGUGCGCGGUGUCGCAGCAUCGGCAUUGGGGGUGUGGCUAUUCCAUGAUAUUGUGACGAGUGGACGGGCAGCGUCGAUAGCAACCAUUCUCUUCGGGUCAAUAUACUACACCUGGAUAAAACACGUCGAGUCGCUCCCACCAUCUGGUGCGAAGAGUGCUAACGGUGGUGCUUAUGAGCAGGUGCCUUUGGAGGACGUUGAGGAGGGAAAACAGAACAAGCCGGAGUGA